GAGAGAGAAGUACACAGAGAGAGGAGCAGGUAGGAGCAGGUAGGGCUGUGCAGGCGUGCGGCUUGUUCGUCUAUGAACUCCAGUCAUGGGGGCUGUUUUGGGGGCCCUCUCCUUCGCAGCCUGGGUGCCGUGCCUGUGCAGCAGUGCCACUUGUCUCAUGUGCAGUUGCUGCCCCCACAGCAGAAACUCCACUGUCACCAGGAUCAUCUAUGCCUUUUUCCUGCUACUCGGGACCAUUGUGGCUUGUGUCAUGCUGUCGCCAGGCGUGGAUCAGCAACUUAAGAGGAUCCCGGGCUUCUGUGAAGACGGUGCAGGUUCCACAGUACCAGAUUUACAGGCCAAUGUCAACUGUAAAAUGUUUGUUGGCUACAAAGCUGUGUACCGGGUUUGCUUUGGGAUGAGCAUGUGGUUCCUGGGCUUGUCUAUUUUCAUGAUAAAUGUCAGGAACAGUAGAGACCUUCGUGCUGCAAUACACAAUGGAUUUUGGUUCUUUAAGUUUGCAUCUUUAGUAGCAAUAACAGCAGGUGCCUUCUACAUCCCUGACGAGCCCUUUACAUACACGUGGUUUAUAAUUGGCUGUGGCGGAGCGUUCUUUUUCAUCCUGAUCCAGCUCAUUCUGCUGGUCGACUUUGCCCACUCCUGGAAUGAGGCCUGGGUGGGGAACAUGGAUGCAAGUAACUCUAGGGGCUGGUAUGCAGCCUUACUGUUAGUGACGAUCUUUAAUUACCUGCUGUCAGUGGUGUCUGUUAUCAUGUGCUUCCUGUUGUACACAAAACCUGACCAGUGCCACCUCAACAAAUUCUUCAUUAGCUCCAACAUGCUGCUCUGUAUUGUAGCCUCUGUCAUCUCUGUUCUGCCUAAAGUCCAGGAGAGCCAGCCCCGCUCCGGUCUCCUCCAGUCAUCUAUCAUCACCCUGUACACCAUGUUUCUGACCUGGUCGGCAAUGACCAACGAGCCUGACCGCACCUGUAACCCCAGCCUGUUGAGUUUUUUCCAGCAAAUGGCAGCCCCCACCCUGGCCCCUCUGGUGAUCGAGAAUCAGACAGCUGUGGUGAUCUUAGACACUGAGGAGCCUGUGCUGACCUCCCCCUACCUCGAGUGGUGGGACGCACAGAACAUUAUUGGACUCACUAUUUUUGUUCUCUGCAUUCUCUAUUCAAGCAUCCGUUCCUCCAACACGAGCCAGGUGAACAAGCUGACGAUGGCAUCCAGAGACUCAGUCAUCCUGGCGGAGAGUGGCAGCAGUGUGGACCUGUCAGAGGAGCUGCCCGGGCCCAGACGAGUGCAGGAUAACGAGCGGGACAUGGUGCAGUACAGCUAUUCCUUUUUCCACUUCAUGCUCUUCCUGGCCUCGCUUUACAUCAUGAUGACUCUCACCAGCUGGUACAGCCCAGAGGCGGACUACACUAUCAGCAGCACAUGGCCUGCCGUUUGGGUGAAGAUCUCUUCUAGCUGGGUGUGUCUGGCCCUCUACAUGUGGACCCUGGUGGCCCCCAUGAUCCUCACCAACCGGGACUUUACCUGAACCCUCCUAGUGUCUUUUUUUUCUCCUUUUUUGCAGCAACAUUUCAAAGACUUUGCAAGAUGUAUUCUAGUGCCUCUAUCACUAUAACUGCCAAAUGCAGGUGUGUGACGUAUAAAAUAAAAU